ACGAUAAUUGUUACGAAGAGACCCCAAAAGAACAGAGAGAGCCAAAACCCACUUGUAAGAUAGAAAAUGAUAAGGAGCAGAAGAGAAAAACUCAGGGUGUGAACCAGUCAAAGAAAGUGUCUCAACGAAGACCCAAGAAACAAAAUUUGAUCUUAGGUUUUGGAUCUUGAUGAGAUUUUUCCGUUUUGUACUAGAAUCAUCACAAUAACAAGAAAUCAAGAAUGAGAUAUUGCAUACUGAUCAUAUUUAUAAUCUACCACUUGGUCUGUACAUUUGCACAACCAACCUCUCGUCAGCCAAUCUUCUAUCGAGAAUUCUGUUCAGGAGGUAAUUAUACUACUAAGAGUACUUAUCAUGGGAACAUCAACUUCCUUCUCUCUUCAUCGCUCACUUUAUUUAACAACGAAGGCGUCAAUAAUGGAUACCGAAGUUCCAGUAUUGGGUCCGAUCCCGACGUUGUUCACGGGGCUUACCAGUGCAGAGGUGAUCUUACAACAGAAGAAUGCCAAAACUGUUUUGAUGUAGCAACUGCAGACAUUAAACAAAACAUUAGAUGUCCAAAUUCUAAGCAAGCAAUUGUAUGGUAUGAUUUAUGUAAUCUAAGGUAUUCUAAUGAAACAUUCUUCUCAGUUCUGCUACAAAAACCAGUUUUUUAUAUGGUAAACCAAACUAGCAUUACCACAAAUCAAGAUGAGUUUAACAAGAGUUUAGUCGGACUAAUGGAUAGACUAGUCAGAGAAAGUACAGUUUCCGGCCAAUCUACAAAAUCAUUUGCUGUUGGAGCAGCAAACUUCUCGGUAUCUCGGCAGAUAUAUGGAUUAGUACAGUGUGCAGAUAUAUCAUCAACUGAUUGCAAUAAGUGCCUCAGUCAGGUUGCCGGGAAUUUAUCCGUAUGUUGUAAUGGAAAAGUUGGUGCAAAAGUUCUCAACCCAAGUUGCAAUUUCAGAUAUGAAACAUAUCCUUUCUAUCAAUCCAAGGUUGUUAAUGCAACAUCUCCUCUGCCUCAAGGGAAAAGAAACCACUCAGCCGGAAAAAUUGUUAUUAUCGUAGUUGUUCCUUCACUAAUUGCAGUACUGUGCACAAUAGCAAUUUGGUACUUAUGCUCACGAAAAGCGUCAAGGGAACCGAGUCAAUUACCUCUACGAAGAGUAACAAGGGAAACAACGCAAGAUAAUGAUAUUUAUUCAAUUCAGAGUGUUGAAUCCGUCCAAUUCAGCUUCAGUAUGAUAGGAGCUGCAACUGACAAUUUCUCUACUGCUAAUAAGCUUGGUGAAGGCGGUUUCGGUUCUGUAUACAAGGGUACACUCCCAGAUGGACAAGAUAUAGCUGUUAAGAGGCUUUCGAAAAAUUCAGGUCAAGGCGAAGAAGAAUUUAAAAAUGAAGUUGUCUUACUAGUAAAAUUGCAACACAGGAAUCUUGUGAGACUUCUAGGCUUCUGCUUGGAUGGAAAGGAAAGACUACUCAUCUAUAAUUUCAUGCCAAACUCAAGCCUCGACAAAUUGAUAUUUGAUUCUGUUAAACGUACUUGUUUGGAUUGGGAAAAAAGGUAUAAGAUAAUUGGCGGGGUUGCAAGAGGGCUUCUUUAUCUGCAUGAGGAUUCCCGAUUUAAGAUUAUUCAUCGUGAUCUUAAAGCCAGCAAUAUAUUAUUAGAUGCAGAAGUGAACCCCAAAAUUGCAGAUUUUGGCAUGGCUAGACUUUUUAAGGUGGACCAAACUCAAGCCAGCACAGUUAGAAUCGUUGGAACAUAUGGAUAUAUGGCGCCAGAGUAUGCAAUGCAUGGAAAAAUCUCCGAGAAGUCAGAUGUGUUUAGUUUCGGUGUGUUAGUUCUGGAGAUCCUUUGCGGAAAAAAGAACAACUCUUUCAAUGAUCCAGAUGUCUCUGGAGACCUUCUUAGCUAUGCAUGGAGACAAUGGAAUAUUGGGACAGCUUUAGACUUGUUAGACCCGAUUUUGAAGGACAAUCAUUGUGAAAGUGAAGUAAUGAGAUGCAUCCACAUUGCAUUAUUGUGUGUUCAGGAAAAUGCAGUUGACCGACCCACAAUGGCGUCAAUUGUUUUGAUGCUUAACAACUUCUCGACUAAUUUACCAGUGCCUUCAGUACCUGCUUUUUUUGUACGUAGUUUCAGGGAAUCUAAAUUUCGUUGGGAUGAUAAUAAAGAUCCGCUAAGUGUUUCAGAUCAAUCAACGAGUAAAUCUUCACAAAGUGUUAAUGAAAUUUCGAUGACUGAAUUAUACCCUCGAUGAUAACUGCCAUUUUGGGUUACUAAUAUAUUUGAAAGUAUACUGCAUUGUUCUAC